UGCUCCACAUCAACGUCUUCCACAACGCCAGCUCCACGGACAUGGAUAUGAGAGUCCUGCUGGGCGACCUGGAGACCCACUCCGUGAACUGCAGCACCUGCGAGAUCCGCUUCCUGCAGCCCUGGGCCCAGCAGGGUCUGACCUCGAAGGAGUGGCAGGACCUGGAGCUGCUGACCCAUUAUUACCUGUCUGACUUCAACCGGACUGUGAACACAAUAGCCCAGCACCACGGAGGGGGCUACCCCUUUGUUACCCAGGUCUCCCUCGGCUGCGAGCUGCCCCCCAACGGCACCUCGAGGGGAUUCUAUGAUAUCGGAGUGAACGGGGAGGACUUCAUCAGCUUUGAUGCGGUGGCAGGGAAAUGGGUCGCUCGGCAGGGGGACAAGCUGGCGCUCUACGUCCGGCAGCGUCUCAGUCGGAAUAAGGGCGCAGUCAUCACGCUUCAGUUUCUCCUGAGAACAACGUUUGUCAAUCUGAUCGAGAGCUUUGUCCAGCAUGGGAACGAGUCUCUGGAGAGACAAGGUGAGGCUGGACACUACUCGCUGCCAUGCAGCCACCUCUGGG